AUGAUCUGGCUAAAAAUCACUGCUGGCUUUGCCAGUGUGUUUGCCAUCAUCCAGCCCAUCUCAUGUGCGCCCAGCCGUGAGAACCCACAGCAGGAUUAUUGCCCUGUUAUUUAUACCGAUAAACCAACAAACUGCAGUCCAAUUCCAGAAACGUUCCUGAGUUUCUCGCCACAGAAAUUAGACUCCCCUCCAGCAGAAACGCAGAUUCUCGAGGAUGCUCUAAGUGCUCUCUCAACGCUACAAGAUACCUUCUUUGAACCAGACUAUGCGACAUGGCCUUCUGCGAUCGACUGGACGGCUGCAGUGACAGGAACGGUCGUAGCUGGAAUGUUGACGACUCUGUCAAAAGCCAUCAAUACUGUCGAUCUGGCUGGAAUCGAUGAUUGGAGAGUGAAAGAAAACAUCAUUUCAACUUUCUAUGCGCAACUCGUCGGCUCUUACUUUGGACAAGAUGUUUUGUCCCUUCGAGGGCAAGCAUACGAUGACAUUCUUUGGGUGGUUCUCGGCUGGGUCGAGGCCAUCAAAUUUGUGAGAACUCAUGCCGACCUUCACUACCCCAAGAUCAAAUCAAAAGAGGCCUCACCAAAGGAUGGUCUGAGAGAUAUGAUCGAUGCCAUGCCUUGGCAAGGCUACAACUGGUUCUCAUCUUUUGCGCACCGCUCUCGCAUCUUCUGGAACUUGGCAACUCGCGGCUGGGAAACAAAGUUCUGCAACGGUGGCAUGGUCUGGAAUCCUCGCCUCAACCCUUACAAAAACGCCAUAACCAACGAACUCUGGAUUUCCGCUUCGAUCUCCAUGUACGAGCACUUUCCGGGCGACAACUUCACUGCGCCAUGGCUCGCCAACGCUGCGUUCCCGGAUAACGACCCGGCGCAUCUUGAGGCAGCCAUUCAGGGAUACAAGUGGCUCAUAGACGUCAACAUGACCAACUCCCGUGGUCUUUUUGUCGAUGGGUAUCAUAUUGAUAGUAGCAAGCCCGGCAACACUAAGUGUGACGUUCGAGACGAGAUGGUGUACACGUACAACCAGGGUGUCUUACUCACAGGCCAGCGGGGACUCUGGUCUGUUAGUGGAAGUGCUUCGUACCUGGAAGACGGCCAUCGUUUAAUUCAGUCUGUGAUCGAAGCGACGGGAUGGAGCUUGAAAGACGAAAAGCCGGUAGAUGAACUGAGUCGCUUGGGUCCCGGCAAAUUGCCGCCCUGGAAAGGACUUGGACGAGGAGGUGUCUUGGAGGAGGCAUGCGAUGCUAGUAGCACCUGCUCCCAAGAUGGCCAGACCUUCAAGGGCAUCUUUUUCCACCACUUCACCGCAUUCUGCAGCCCUCUCGAACCUCUCAGGGGUAAAGGAGGCAGGAUAGUCGAUCCCCAUGGCUUUCAGAAAGUCAAGUCUAUCCACGCAGGAGCCUGCAAGUCGUACCUGGGCUGGGUCAAGCACAAUGCCCUCGCCGCUCUCGAAACCCGCAACGACGCUGGUCUUUUCGGCAUGUGGUGGGGAGCCGGCAUCUUUGACGCAACCGUCACAUUGGACAACGACGGCAUCAAGCACGGCGCCGAGAACACAACCGAUUACCGCAACCGAGGAACACCAGCGGGUGAAACAUGGGGUGGACGCCACAGGUGGCUUCCAGGAACCGGAGGCUUGUCACCGUUGGAGUCAAAGCCUGACCAGCAAGUUAUGGACAUUGCUCGGGAUGGACUCCUUCCUAGGACUCGCAGACGAGAAGUGAAAGCGCAGCAGCAGGAUCCCAAUGCACGGGGCAGGGGCCGAACUGUUGAGACACAGGUCGGAGGGAUCGCGCUGCUUAGAGCAUAUUGGGAACUUUCUCGAUCAUUUUGA